AUGGUCAAGGAAAAAGAAGCCGAACUUUGUGAGGUCAUCAAGGAGUUCGAAGAAACGAUUUCUGAGCUUGAAAGAAAUUUCGCAACAGCCAAGCGAGAAGUCUCGCGAAAAGCUGAACAAAUGAUCGCAAAUGUUCGACAGCGCGAGCGAGAAGCGAUUUUAUCCCUGGAAACAAUACGCCAGUCAAGACUUGAGAGGAUAAAUGCGGCCAAACAGGAAGUGGAAUCUCUCGACCUGAAACUGGGUGUUAUCGAGGAUAUUCCGACAGUCGUGAAUCAAUCACCAAUUGAAGGACUGGAUCAAACAUUUCAGGCUGGCGUAGAAGUAGAGUUCACGUUAUGCCCAAAAGCAGCAGACGGAGUGACGAUUAACCAGGCUGAUAUUAAAGAUCAAGUUGAGUUGCUGGUAGAACCCGCCAACGAUGUAACGAACGUAACCGUUCAAGAAAAAGAAGACGGCAAUCUUAGCUUGAAGUUUACACCUAAAGUGCCUGGUGCCUACAUUGUUGAGGUAAAGAUUAAUGGCGAAAAGCUUCCAACCUGCACAUUCAGUUUAACAGUGAAAGAACGUGAACUUGUCAUAGUUGGCCAGUUGGACUUGAAGUUCAACGAAAGCCAGGAGUUCAAAGGACCAUGUGCAAUAGCUGUCAACAAGCAAGAUGACAUUGUUGUCGUAAAUACUAACGUACACUGUGUUUAUGUCUUCAAUAAAGAAGGACACUGUUUAAGACAAAUUGGAAAAGAAGGAACAGAUCCUGGACAAUUCAAAUAUCCCACUGACGUGUUGUUUUUAAACGACAACGAAAUUCUUAUUGCAGAUCGAUUAAAUAAUAGAAUACAACACAUAAAUAUCCAGACAGGUUCUGUUUUGAAAACCUUUGGACAAAAAGGUGAGGGAAAAGGAUCCUUUAGGAGUCCAAUUAGUAUUUGCCUUGAUGAUUCAGAACGUAUUGUUGUCACUGAAUUCGCUUACAAUAGAAUUCAAGUAAUGUCAAAAGAGGGCGAAACUAUAUUCACAAUAGGAGACAGUGGUCCAAGAGACUCAGCAAACCAUUCAGUUGCAUUCCUUACAAAAACAUUUUCCCGGUAA